GUUUUUACAUGAGUUAAAUUUAUUAAUACAAACAUGUUUGAAACAGAGCAAAAACACAUGGUAAAUGAUGACUGAAUUUAAAAAAAAAAAAAAAAAAACGAUUCAAUCACAUAAUGUAUAAUAAACAUUUUUCAAUAUAAUCACAACAAAAAAAUCUCAAAAAUAUUCCAGAACCAUAGAAUGUUAACACGGAUAGUUUUAUGAAAACAAUUUAGUUACUGCGUUAUGGAGGCUCAACUUCGUGGGUAUGCGUGAAUCUUCUAAUCGCCGUAUUCACUCAAUCACUAACACAAACACAUUCUUCAACUCCACAAUGAGUGAAGAGUUGAAAUUCAUGAUCAUUUCCUUCAUCGACUACUACAUCAGGUAUUAUUUGAUGGCCAUUUUAGCUGUUAUACUCAUGUACAUCACUCGCUUUUUCGGAUUCGUAGAUACUUACAAUUUUGAAACACUGAUCGGAGAGAGGCGUCUAAGAAGCAGAGGUGUGUCAACUAAUGAUCUAUUCACACCAAUGCCAUCCAGAUGCAACAAAGGAGUAAACACUAUAAAUAUCCGAACAAUGUUACGCCAUAAGCAAACUUCUACGUCCAGCUUGAUAGAAUACGAAAUAAACAAUACGAAAAGUAUUCGACCUAGUAGUAAUAAUUCAAAUGAAAGCAACGGUAUAUCGCUACGCACCACUUCAAUGACAGCCUGGUCUGAAAACGAAAUAAAAUAGAAUCUUUGAGGAAAAUGACGUUUUUGGAAAUCAGUAAAACUAAAGAUACCUACAUACGCAGUCAAUACGAAGGAUCUGAAUCGUCUUAAUAAAUUAUACCAUAGAAUACAUGUCAUGUAUAAAAUAUGGCAAAUUAUGAAACUGAACAAAGUUUUAUAAUGAAGAUAUUCUACCUGGAGUUUAUGAGUUCUGGAUGAAAAAAAAAAAAAAAAAAAUCUGAACCGUUUUACCAACUCAUUCCAUGAAGUACAAAUUAUAAUGUCAUGUAUAAGAUGUGGUAAAUGAUGAUGAACUAAGUUUUAUGAUGGACAUAUUUUACGUGAAGCUUUUGAAUUCUAAAUAAGAAAAAAAAUUGUGUAUGAUCUAAAAAUAUAUUGUUUUAAUUAAUUUAC